CAUAAUUGAACACCCGAAAAUUAUAAAGCCAGUCUAUCUUCAUCUGCUCUGCUGAUGUGGCGACUUACUAUUGGAAACAAUUAAACAGAUCUCUCUGGAAUCACUUGCUGUUAUUACUGAUUAAAGUACACCACACAACGAACAGGAGGAUUGACCGGGGGUAGCUUGGAAGAAAUGUGUUUUUCCUGUGUCUGAUUUUGGGCAUCCGAGAAUAAUCAGCUAAAUUGAUUCAACUCGUGUUUCAAACUCUCGUGAAAGUUUCUCGUGGAUAGCAAUUACUAUUGCCUUUGAAGAUUGUGAACUGGGUUUCUGAUAUGGAGGUACUCAAUGCUGUAACAGCAGGUGUACCACCCUUGGGAGUAUGGAGGUCCACAAGCCAUGCGGAGAUCAAGAAUGGCAACAAAAUUAAAGCUUUCUUUAAAAAAUCAUCAGCUCAGAGUCCACCAUCUUUCUCAAAUUAUGCUGAAAACCUGUUUAGAGCAAUUGGGUCACAGCUGAAAAGCAGACCCGUUGAGGCUCCCCACACCAUACUAUUGUCCUCACUCUUCGGUGCUGCACCAGCGGUAAGUGCUCUUACAUACGAAGAAGCCCUUCAGCAGGGUGUUAGUUCUAGUCCCACGGAGGCACCUAUAGAAGAUAUUGACCUGAAUGGUAUUAUAGAUACAGUGCAGAGCUUCUCAAGUGAAAAUGCUCUGGCUAUAAUUGGAGGGGUUGUGCUCGUUGGGGUCCCUUUAGUGUUGACUAGAAUUUUAUCCACACCCAAAACAUGGGGUACAACAUCUGCUGCAGAAGCUUAUUCCAAGCUCGGGGAGGACCCAGAAGCUCAAUUAUUAGAUAUCAGAACACUGGAGGAUAUUAAGGAGGUGGGGUCUCCAGAUAUCAGAAAGUUGAAGAAGAAGGCUGUCCAGAUUACCUAUGAAAAUGAUGCAUCCUUUUUGGAGAGGGUAUCUGCAAAAUUCAAGGAUCCAGCUAAUACCAUCUUGUACAUAUUGGAUAAGUUUGAUGGAAGUUCUGCAAAAGUAGCUAAAUUGGUUGCUGAGAAUGGUUUUAAAUCGGCAUUUGCUAUUAAAGAUGGGGUAGAAGGCCCAAGAGGAUGGCAGAAUAGUGGACUCCCAUGGCUGCUACCCAAAAAGGCAUUCAAAGUUGAUUUGGGUAGUCUCACAGAAGCGCUAGGAAGUGUAAUUGAAGAUAGCUCAGGCCUCGUUCCUGUCACAGUAGGUGUGGCGGCGGCAACAGGAGUUGGUCUGGCUGCAUUGUCAGAGAUAGAAACGGUACUACAACUGUUGGGUUCAGCUGCACUGAUUCAAAUCUUUUUGAAGAAGCUUCUAUUUGCAGAAGACCGGAAAGUAACCCUCCAGCAGCUUCAAGAAUUCUUAGACACCAAGGUUGCACCAAAAGAACUUGUUGAUGAGUUGAAGGAGAUAGGAAAGGCUUUCCUUCCAAAAACUCAAUACGAGGCCACAGAUAAUGGUGUAGCAGUCCCUGAUUCUACACCGGUAACAGCUGUCCCUGAUUCUACACCGGUGACAGCUUCAUCUAGCCCGGAGGUGGGAGGAAAUUCAGUACCUCAGCCUGCACCUGUUGAAAGUCUAGAAACAGCUUCAAGUGUUGCUUCAAAUUCUACUCCAAAGCUCCGACCUUUGUCACCAUUUCCUCAUUAUCCAGACUUUAAACCACCAUCAUCACCUAUUCCAUCAAGGCCUUGAAGAACUCAGAAGUGGCAAGCUCAUUUUUUCUAGGAUCAAUUUUAUCCUCGGUUGCUGCCUGCGCUAGUCAACUUGUUCAUGGUAUAAUCAUAAAGGACUGUUGUAAUGCGAUGUCGUUUAUUUAUAAUGCCCCUAACGGCUCAGAAUCUCAGGCAGAUGUAAUAAUGGUUCAUAAUUAUCAUGACUUGAUAUUGGUCAUCCAAGUUUCAAGGGUUCUGGAAUUUUCACAUUUGUCUGCAGACAUUUCAUCCUUAGGCUUUUUAUGGAUAUGCAACUUCAUGCAGAUUCAACUGCUUUAUGAAGGCAUUAACACAUGUAAAAAAUGUUUCUGUUUGAAGGUUAAAUGUAUCUUAAUUCAGUAGAUAUCA